UGGGCGCUGGAUGCUGCACCGGAGACGCCGGAGGAGCUCCGCGGCGGGGGCUACACCGCGGUGAGUCCGCGGCGCUCCGCUGACAGGACAGCGGCGAGGAGGUGUCUCAGGGCCCCUGCGGCAGCGGGAGGAGAGGCUGGCGCGGUCCCGGUACAUGGGAUGAAGGGAGCCUGACACCUGUCUGGAGAGGAGACCCCAGCCUCUGUGGAGCUGCCCACCAUGAGCAGGACACUGCUGGCAGGCAGGAUGCAGCCAGAGAUCCGGAGCGUCUGCGUCUUCCUGCCAACCCGUGAGCAGCUCAGCCUGGCAGUUGGGGUCAAAGCCACUGGACUGGAGCUCUUUCAGCAAGUUUGUGAUUUAGUGAAGAUUAAAGAGUCUCACUUCUUUGGCCUCAGCAUUGUUAAAAAUAAUGAAUAUGUUUUUAUAGACCUGGAGCAGAAGCUUAGCAAAUACUUUUCAAAGGAAUGGAAGAAAGAGACCACCAAAGGGACAGAGAAAUUCAGCCCUCCAUUUGUUGCGUUCUUUAGAGUACAAUACUACGUAGAAAAUGGAAGAGUAAUAGGCGAUAAGGUGGCACGGCAGCUCUACUACUGCCAUCUCAAAGAGCAAGUACUUAUGUCUCAUUGCAACCACAAAGAAGAAAUCUACUUCUUGCUGGCUGCCUACAGCUUACAGGCAGACUUGGGCAACUACAGAGAGAAGCUCCAUGCUGGCAAAUAUUUUGAACCUCAGGCUUAUUUCCCACAAUGGAUAAUUGCAAAGAGGGGGAGCGACUACAUCUUGAAACAUGCCCCAGAGAUGCACCGAGAACAGCAAGGGCUGAGUGCUAAGGAAGCAGUGCUGAAGUUCAUUAAGGAGUCCUGCCUACUGGAAGAUGUGCCCGUGCACUUCUACAGGCUGCAGAAGGAUAAGAAGGAGGAUCGACCGACAGUUAUCCUGGGCCUGACCCUGAGAGGAAUGCACAUCUAUCAGGAGGUGAAUCACGUUCGCCAGCUCCUCUACGACUUUCCCUGGUCACACAUCGGGAAGCUGGCCUUUCUGGGGAAAAAAUUUGAAAUCCAGCCAGAUGGUUUGCCCUCUGCACGGAAACUGGUUUACUACACGGGUUGCCCCUUCAGGUCACGCCAUUUGCUGCAGCUACUCAGCAACAGCCACCGGCUCUUUCUGAAUAUUCAGCCAGUUUUGAAGCAGAUCCAAAAACUGGAGGAGGCUGAAGAGAAGAAGCGCUACCGGGAGUCCUAUAUCAGCGACACUCUAGACAUGGACCUGGACCCAUGUGACAAGAACUCCCAUGGCAGCGGGAGCAGUGGUGGCAGCCGCAGGGAUAACCGCCUCUCGCGCCAGUCCACUGGGAGUCAUGGCAGCUCCCACACCUCGGGCAUUGAGGCUGACUCCAGGCACCGCGUGUCUGUGGAAAUGUCUGUGGAUGAGCCCUUCAGCACUGACCACAUGCAUAGGAAAAAGAAAUCCUGCAGCUCAACCAUCAGCUACGGUAGCUCUGGCAUUGACAGUGGCAGCAAAGGGCAGGCUGAAGAUGACACUCAGGAUGAUGAGCUUGAGCUGGCAGUAGAUGAGCCAGAGGAGAUGCCUGUAGAUGAGCCUUUAGAGGGAGACCAGUUAGAGGAGGCCACUGUGGGAGAAUCUGUUGAAUCCCUGCCUCUAGAUGCUGCUAGCUGCCAAGCUAUAAAUCAGGAAUCUCUAUCCGUGGUGCAAGUCACACUAAUCAAAAUGAGAGGCCAAAGUGUGGAAUCCCUUCACCAGGUCAGAUCGCCCAAAAGCCGGAGCUGCAUGGACCAGCACAGCCAGAGUUUGGAUGACAUCCGUUUGUACAAGCGCCGGCACCCAUCACUAAGUGCCACGCUGUCUUCAGACACGUCCCACAGCUACACCUUCGGCUGCAGCCUUGAGGAUAAGCUGUCUCUCUAUGGCUGUGUGUAUUCCACAGCAGACUGCAAAACCAAGUCUGCCCUUUACGGGAAGCGAUCCAUGAACUGCCUCUCCUUGGAUCUUCUGGGAGAGGACCAGCUCCCAGAGGAGUUUGUGGUGUAAUGAGAUUGGAGCCCUUCCAUACCACGAAACAGCUCAUCAUGGCAAUAUAUACCUCAUUAACAUCUCUCUUGCAGGAGAUGGUGAGCGGCUUCGUUAUUCAGUUCUGUAUCAGCAAGUGGCAUCGCUUCUGCAGUCCUGGCUACAGGGCAAAUCAGCUGGAGUGUAGCACUUAACACUGGCAUUGGUAGUGUCUGUCUGAGCAGAAAGUGGAAGUAAUCUGCACCCUUGUCAGGGACACAACCAGCACAAAAACCAAAAAACAGUGGACCAAAACUGACACUGAGCUAGUAAAGCAAACUUUCUCUAAAUGGAUUAAUCAGAAAUCUAAAGUUUGUCAUGUUCUUGCCUUUCUCUUGUGGUCCGUGUUUCUUAAUUUUAGUGUACAGACAGUUUGUCUUCAGUUUGUGCUGCUGCAACAUUGCUAACAGCUGUCAGGCCAGGAUAUACCCUUAGCACAUUGGAGGGCUGUGUAUGGAAGUGUCUGGCCUGUUUCAGUUGAAUGAACACAAGUUGCUUAUUCACUGCGCUGGGAGCAAGACCUGCUCUGCCAGGAGUUUCUUCUUCUUUUGUUGUUGCUAUUUUGUUGUAAGCAUCCAGCCAAAUACAAUAUGUGGUCUCUUUUUUUUUUUUUUUCUUUAUUGCAACAAAUGGAACUGACUGUCUACUACUGCUGUGAUGCAGA